CAGUUGAAUAUCUUUGAGUAGCAAGUUGCUGAGAGCCUUGGCGGGUUGCCGCUUUUAGCAUCACCACCCUGUUUCUAUCUCUCAGUCUUUCAUAGCCCCGCUCCGUGUGAUCUUUUUUAGGGCGUUAGCGGCAGACGCCGUUAGAAGCGAGAGGGCAGCUAUGCAGCCAAUAGUAAACAUGCGUUCAAAGAGGCGGCGUUGCUGUUUGAAGCUUGGCUCGACUCAUGUGACCAUAAGGGCACGCAUCACAGUGGCGUUACUGCUAGCGACAGUGAUGAUAGUGAUGCCUUUUAGUGUUGAGGCAUUCGUCGCAGCUUUAGACUCUAAUAAUGAUACACAUGCCAUCAUCAGAGAAGACCGUGCGACAAAUCUGCCACAUCGAAGGUACUUCACGAGACCUCGGUACGACCGAGCUCUCACCAACGUCUUGUCUAAUCAAGAGGCAAUCGUUAACAAGUUGGACAGCUUGGUUCGUGAUGUAAAUUUCUUGAAAGAUCUCGUGAGUCGAAAGGUUCAACUUGAAAGUCAUGGCAUCAAUGUAGGACGGGAGGAAAUGCUAAUGCAAGAAGCCAAAUCAAGAAAUCGAGAACAGGAAAGACGUAAAUCAGUUUUCAGCGGAAUCGACGAGAAGCUUACAAAGCACUACAAUACUAGAACAUCACAAAUUACGUACACUGAAAGCCCACGUCAACAACCAGUUCUUGUUCUUAAAUCAAACAAAAAACACGACUUUCCUCAUCCAAACCAGCCAUCUCGGAAUAAGAGAUCUGCAGCGUACUAUCAGGAUGCAUAUUUGUAUCAAAGCCCAGUUUAUAACAACCAUGCGACGGCUUUCAACCUGGACUCUGGCUUCGUGGAGAACAAUCAUAUUGACACAACAGCCCAGUAUUCUCUGGAUAGUAUUCACAGUCCCAGGUUAGGGUCGGUCCAACCUUUGACCAGAUCAAGUCCCGGUUACCUGACGUCUUACGGGACCAGCCCGGUACUAUCAGCCGUGUACGAAGACCCCCAUCCAAUGUAUGGCCCCCUUUACGAUGGUGGGGGUCAAGCCUCAUACACCAACCCCCACUCGGGGAUGCCUAGGGCUUCUUACCAAGACUCAGCUGUAAUUUUGGAUCCUAUUUUGGAUAACCAAAGAAGAAAUAUUCAAUAUGUCCCUAACAUUCAACCCGCAGCUUCCCACGAGCCCUCCGUAGAACCAAACUUCAACCUCGAAACUGAAGGGAACGUACCCAAUGACGUUCGCCCUGAAACACCUUCAACAGAAGAUGCUCGUUCCUCACAAGCACUGAAAUCAUUAGUGCAAGAGUUGCUUUCCCUCGUUCGAUGGCUCGUGAGAAAACAACAUCAAAGUAGUUCAAGUCAGAAUAAUUUUAUUCAUAAUCUCAAGUACGCACUUAAUCAACGACUUUUAACUACUGAAGAAGAAAUAAAGGCUGCCGUGUCGACCCAAACAGAGCAAUUAAGUGAAAAAAUCUUGCUUGGGUUCGAAAUCAAUGAUUGUCGAAAUGUAAGUUACUUGAUAUACGAAACGAUUGCAAAUGGAACUUCUCUCUGGGAGCAGAAUUUUGCUCAGAUGAGCAGCCAAGCAGUAAAUUUCAAGAAAAAUACUUCAAGCAUCGAGGGUUCGGACACGAUCCCAAAAGUAUCAGAUGACAUUGUGAGGGUUAUGCUCAACGAUGGUUCUCACCACACCUAUAAUUACUCCGUUCACCCUACUCCUACUUAUGAUUUAUACUCUACGCAUCCAUACCACUCGAGCUCCAUGCAUCCUCACACAUCCAGCAAUUCUCUUCCAUAUGGAGUGUCAGCUAAGGUCGAUGAUAAUGAAGCGUUGACAGGAUCAGUCCACUACAACGAAGGCACUCAAGAAACUACGACACAUAAUAGCCUCGAAGAUAUAUUAAGCUUUCUUGAUUUCUCAGAUUAUUUAUCGAGUCCGAGGAUCGUGUCAGAUCCAGAUUCCGUAAUCGAUCUUCCACUACUUGUAACCUCAGCAUUGCCAUUGGACUUCAACGAAACCAAGCCUAACCACGAGGAACAUUCGCAGGAUCCUGCAGUAGCCUCCAACCAAACCCAAACAAAUAAUGUAAUUCUACCACGCGAGAUCCAAGCAGCAAAGAUUUUGUUUAUAGCGUCUCAAAUGUUCAAAGACUCGCUCACUACAACAGGUUCGAGCGAUGACGUACAAGAAAACCACAACAACGGAAACGUUUCUCGCUGCUCACCAAAUCGAACCGAGUUCUUGCAGCCUUUCACUGACGACUUCCGGGCCUUUCUUGAGGAGCUCAAGAUGAGGCUGGGGGAAAGUGUUUCUCAGAACAUAAAUGAAGAUUCGCUGGAAGGUGUACUGGAGCGAUCACUGCGUCCCAGCGUGACACAUCUUGAGGACAGAAUCCUUGGGUUGCGGAUCUACUUAGACGCAGCCAUGCUCAAACUGCGGCAUGAGUUUGAGGCUGCCAUCGGGAAUUCAGAAUCUGCCAUAACCGCUGCCAUCGCUGCCACCGUGGCAAACACAGCAACUGACGCCCUACACGAGGCGAGGAAUAUCGCCCUACAGAUUGCGGACGCCUCGGUGACCAGCGUGUCGUCCGCGGCGGUGGCGACGGGACAUCACACGAACGACUUCGUCGCGGCAGCCCUCAAGCGGUCAACCGCACAGAUCAAGACAGCCAUAAGGCAGGGUACUGACGGUUGUCCCCAGCACUUCACCGCAAUCGCAGGACUGUGUUUGAAAGUCCCAACCAUCGUCCCGCCGGUGCCGUUGCCGCCUGUCCACUACGAUGCGAGUUUCGCUCCAACAUCUCCCGUAUCCCCAACCACUGCCUACAACUGGACGCAGGCCCGCGCCCUGUGUAGGUCAUAUGAUGGAGACCUGGCCGUCCUGCCGGCGACGGAAGAUGUGAACAAAGUCGUCCGGUCCUUGCAUGCACAUUCCAGACAAGGGUUCUGGCUGGGGGCCAAAACGAGCAUCCGCUCGAGUGACGCCGACACAAAUGAGUCCAGAGUUAAGCUAAAGUGGAUAACAGGCGAGUAUAGUGGGUAUAAAGGAGGACUACAAUUCUCUAACUCACUUUUGGCUUCAUCUUCGGCGAUGCAGCAAAAUGAAAUUGGCCCUAACCACGGUGAUUUUGUGAACGAUAAUUUUUCAGAGGUUCAAACGGAGUCUCCAGACCAAGAAAAAAGGAAAUGUUUGCUAUUACGUCUUGAUGAUGGCUAUGGGCUGGAAGCCAUGGAUUGUGGGGCGCUGUACCGACCCUUAUGCCAGUAUAUUCCUACAUUAUAAGCGUUAAGUUUGACAUGUAAUCAAUACGACACAUACGACUAAAUAUGUAGACUUAUAAUGAAGCAUUUAUUCCUUUAGAAUACGUUGAACUAUAAGCCUUAACUCUUCCAAACACUAGAGGAACGACACUUGUAAUAUUUCUGUAAAUUGAAGAAAAAUUAU